CUUUAUAAAGAGGGGCCGUCUCUUCACUCUCUUACACCAUCCCACAAGAGCAUUCCCGGUCCAAAGCUUCAAAUUUCAAUCCUUAUUGUAUUCCAAAGAACACGAUCCUGUCCUUUCUUCUUGUUCGUGCAAAAGCUUCAAUCUUUUACAACCCAAAUAAAUAAAGUUUCAAUCUUUUCUUCUUGGAUCCACCGAGAUCGAUGGGGCUGAUCCCUGAUCUUCCCGACGACGUAGCCCGCGAGUGUCUCCUACGCGCCUCCUACAACCAAUUUCCGGUGAUCUCUUCGGUCUGCAAAAGCUGGAAGCGUGAAAUCUCCCUCACUGAGUUUUUCCGACAACGAAAAGCUUCUUGCCAUAGCCAGAAGCUUCUGGUCAUGGCCCAGGCCGGGGUCGACCCUGUUAGGGAAAACGGACCCGGUAAGCUAUUAUCCAUCCCGGUUUACCGGAUCUCGGUUCUCCAACCCGGUUCGGGUCUUUGGACCGAGCUUCCUCCGGUACCGGGUCUUCCCAACGGCUUGCCUCUGUUCUGCAGAUUAGCUGCUGUCGGAUCGGAUCUUGUCGUACUGGGCGGGCUUGACCCGGUUACGUGGCAGGCCUCUGAUUCGAUCUUCAUAUUCAGCUUUCUGACCUCCACGUGGCGCACCGGAGAGAGCAUGCCAGGUGUACGGCGGUCGUUCUUCGGUUGCGCGUCGGACUGUAAUCGGACGGUGUUCGUCGCAGGCGGUCACGACGAAGACAAGAACGCGCUGACGUCAGCGAUUGCGUAUGACGUGGCGGAAGACAUAUGGGUCCCGUUGCCUGACAUGGCACGGGAGCGAGACGAGUGCUCGGCGAUCUUCCACGGUGGCAGACUCCACGUCAUCGGAGGAUAUGCCACGGAGGAGCAGGGGCAAUUUAGUAAAACCGCGGAGUCGUUCGAUCUGGGAACGUGGCAGUGGGGCCCAGUCGUGGAGGACUUACUAAAUUCGGCCACGUGUCAUCCUGUCUGUGCUGGCGACGAAUACGGCAGACUGUACGCGUGUUGCGGUGGCGACGUGGUGAUGCUGAGGGAGAACACGUGGCAGAAAGUGGGGAAGAUCCCUGAUGACGUGGAGAAAGUGGCAUACGUGGCAGUGUGGGGCGGGAAGAUACUGGUGAUGGGGUCGGAUGCCAACGUGGCAUAUGCUGGGGGCGAGAAGGGUUCCGAGUGGGUAAAAGUGGAAGCGCAUGAAAAAUACAGAGGCCACGUUCAAACUGCUUGCUGUUUAGAACUCUAGACUAAGAUAUGCUCGUGUCGUCUCACACAGUUUUUUCUUUUAUGUCAGUAAUUUUUUUUUUUUUUUUUUUUUUUUUUACUGAGUGAUGUAAAAAUGGUUUGGAGUUGACUAAUAUGAUAACCAUAAGUUA